GAUUCCAUUGGUUAAAUUUGAGCCAUCUACCAAUCAAAUCAAAACGAUUUAAUAAAUUUGUCACGAAAAACAAAAAACAAGCGUCCAUUUUCUACGGACUAGCCAUCAAUAUUAAUCAGGCUUGACGUUUCGGUUUUAAUGGAUUCGGUUAGAUUGUGAGCUAAAGUACCGAUCUAAUAGUUUAUGAUGUCUUAAAAUAACAUAAUUAGUGUAAAUUGCCCAUUAAUAAUUAUCAAGAUGAUUUCGUGACCUAGGAAAAACUAAUCACAUGUAAUCUUGUUACGAUCGUAAUAUGACAGGGAGGUCUGUUACAAAAUAGCAGUAACUCGAGCCAGUCUGUUUUGUUUUGUAUCAGGAGUUAUCUAUCAGGUUAUUUUCUGAUGUUUUUUUUGUAUAAAUUUUUGUAUUGAAGACAUCCCGAGUGGAAAUGGUGCGAGUCAAUACUUUAAUGGCAGUUCAAGAAGGGGUAAAGACUCCACAUCGCAUUGAAUUGUGUGAAGACAAGCCUGCUAGGCCCACACGGAAUUAUAGGAAACGAAGGAUUAUCACUGCAAUACAGCCAAAGACUGAAAAUGAAGAACUGAGUUCUGAGCCUCCAUUCAAGAAAACUGAACAAAAAUCGAAACCAUUGAAGACUAGCAACGGUAUUUCCAAUAUGACAAAUGGACACUCACUGAGGACACGUGCUGCAAGGGCAGAGAUACGUGCAGCGGAAAGCCACAAAUUAACAGAGUAUUUCAAAGAGGAAAUAAAAGUUCCUAAAGUAGAACCUGCUGUAUCUCCUUCACCCAUAGAAAAGACUGUUAAAGUUGAGAAAGUUUCAAAUGGAAAUGCAAACCACAAAUUAACUGAAUUUUUUCCUGUAAGAAGAAGUGUAAGGAAAACAUCAAAAUGUGUCAUGGCUGAGAAAAUGAGAGAUUUAGAAAGAGCUGUUAGAGAACAAAGAGAAGAUGGAUUACAAGUUGCCUAUUUCGAAGCCAAAGGUCGCGGAGUGAUCGCAACCCGUCCGUUUAGUCGCGGUCAGUACGUGGUGGAAUAUGCCGGUGAACUGAUCGGCGUGGCAGAAGCUCGUGAACGAGAACGUUUGUACGCCCUGGAUCCUGAGGCCGGAUGUUACAUGUAUUACUUCAGACAUGGAGAUCAACAGUAUUGUAUUGAUGCAACUGCUGAGUCGGGACGGCUGGGUCGAUUGGUGAACCACUCUCGCAACGGUAAUCUUCACACAAAGGCGUUGUGGGUGGACGGGCCGCGACUCGUGCUGAUCGCUGCACAGGAUAUCUCCCCGGGGGAUGAACUCACUUAUGAUUAUGGAGACCGCUCUAAGGAAUCCCUGCAACAUCAUCCCUGGCUCGCUUUCUGACCUGGGUUUGUCAACAGUAAUCUCAUGGACUACUAAGCAUUAUUUAUUAAAAUAAUUUUAGUUAUUAAAUUAAUAUAAAUUUUAAUAUUAUUAUUAUUAAUGGUUUGAAUUUGACAUAGCAUAAUCGUUAUGUAGUGAGACAAUAGUGGCCUAAUAAUAAUAGUUUUAUAUACGAAUGAUGUGGAUAGUUUGUUAACUGCCUUAUUGCACAUUAAUAUUUAAAAAGUAAAUUAUUAUAAAUACGUAGGUUUUGAGAAUUUUUCGUGGUACGUUGAUAAUGAUUACGGCAUGUUUGCAGCGGCUUUUAUCAACAUUUCAACAUAGAAGUUAUGCGCGGUCGAAUAUUAAUGGAAAACCAAACAAAAUACGUAGUCGAUCUAUUGAUAAGAAAAUUUCUCAUUUUAUACAAAUUUCAAGACGACGCCAUCGUAUCGUUAAAACACUAUUGUUUUAAAUAGAAAAUAAUACUAAAUAAACUAUUGUAAGUGUAAAAAGACUCAACAAAGGAUAAAAUAAAAUAAAAAGACUGGCACAAUAGAAUACCUAAAUAUAAAAGAUUCGUUUCAUCGACGAUGAUCAGUAAAGAUGCACUGGAAUUUAAGUUAUAUAAAUUACUUUCAAUUGUGAUACUUAUAUUCACGUAUACGGUUCAAAGUUUAUCACGAAAGUAAUUUAUUUAGGGAAUUUAAAAUGUGUUUAAAAAUCAACCUACAUUAUCAAUUUCAGUUAUGAAAAUAACUUUUUAAAGUGCAGAAAAGAUUAUCUUAUCAGUGGAAGUACAACAUUUAAUAAAAUCAGUCUGUGUGUUAAUCUAAUGAAGAGAAAUAUGGUUAAAAUCCUAAAGUACCGAUAUCUUAAAUAGACAAAGACAAAACAAUUAGGAACUGAUUUCUUCUCUGCUUGCACCGAUCGUUUUGUUUUCUUUCUAAUGAUGACUAUUAGGUGAUCAAUACCUUUUUUUUUGGAAAUUGUCCUUAAAAUUUCAAUAACAAAACAAAAGAAAAUUUGUAAUAAGUAGAUAAAACGGAUCAUAAGCUUAAGGUGAGCAUAUGGUCGAAUUAUGUUAAUUGGACUACCUACCAUUGCAGAUUUCCCACGUUUAAGCGCCUUAUUGUCAUCUCAAAUCUCAUUACUAGACUCCGUUGAAACCUGUGCUUUAUUGUAAUUACAAUAACAUAGUAAAUUAUUUCUUCCUUUUUUUUCAAUUAAAAUUUCUAGAAGGAUACAAUCUUAGUUAUUGGUAAAAGAUUUACAAAGACAGAAUUAAGUGGUAAUAAAUUUACUCUUGAAAUCGUAAAAUUCUAUGGCUUCCGUGCUUAAAGGACACAGGCUUUCAUAUACUCGAAUAAUUCUCUUAUUUAUAAGUAGCAUUAAUUGUAAUUUAAUUAGUGAAUUCAGUGUUGUUAGAUAUGAAAGAAUGUGGAGAUGCAACAAUUUUAAUAAUAGAUUUACAAUGUAUAGAACUAAAUUGUUUUGCCAGGGAUCCAGAAAUAUUUUAUAGGAACAAUCAAUUUAAAAUUGCGGAAGCGAACUAUGAAUUCAGAGUUAAACUCAUCAAUUUUAAUUCAUUUGUACCUAAAUAAUAAGCAAUUUUGUUCACUGAGAUGAUGAAAAUACUAUGAUAAAUGGUGAUAAUAUUAACAUUUAUCAUUAAUGAAUUUUGACGCCGUAUUAGCUGCGUGUGCGUGUUAGUUAGACAUCGGUUAUAAUGCUAAACACACCUGACCUGUUUAAUAAGCAAUAUUUAAUUAAAUAAUUAUUACGUAGAUAGGAUAUUAUAGUUGUAAAACACGUCCAUUUUUUAAAAGCGUUUUUUCAUAGUAUUGUUCAGAUGUCAAGUAUAAAAUGCCCUUGUAUUUUCGAAAACAUUUAAACAAAUGAGCGUAAUAAGACAAACUGCCAGGCUCCUUUAGUGUAAUUGAGCCAAAAAAAAAAGUAUGCAGAACGAAUGCUGUUACCAUAGACUGGCAUAGACUGCUUUCGAUUUCUAUUAGUAUAGUAAUGUUUAGACCUAUAAAUUUUAUGUGUAAAUUAAAUGACAACAAUGCGAUAAAUAAUUGUACAAUUGCUUUGUUACUAAUGUAAUGUAUAACACGACCCAAGCUACAAAAAUGUAGCUUUUACUAAUGUUAUUUCAUUCAUAACGAUCUAGUGAUCUCAAUUUUUAAGGAGGUGGCAUAAUACCAUUUUAGUGUAUAAAGUUAUGAUGCUAAAAUGGAAAACAACCCAAAAACCUCCACUGCGCGUUCAAGCGUAAUCAGACAAAAAGGUUAAAGGGGUCUAUGAAGACAAAACAAGGAGGCACAACCAAUUUUGAUACAUUUCUUAGUAUCUAGAUUUUAUAUCAUGUAUCGUAUUAUAAUUUAUAAUGUAAGUUUUGACGCUGAUGAACUAGUAAAUUUAUUACUAAAUAAGUAUGUUUGCUUAAUAUAGGUAGUCUAUUUCUAAUUUAAGGUUUACCAGUCUUUCGCUGUGGCUAAAGUAUUUCCGAUUGUUGUUUCCAAAUAUUAAAUCAUCAACUUUGUUUAUAAUUAGACAUUAGCGAAGCUCUGGUGCACCUACUGGUAAAUAAAUUGUUGUACCAAUCGUGCACUUCUUUACGAUUAAUUCAUAACGUUAUGUGGUUGGAUUUUAGACUGCUUAGCCCCAAUAUCUAUAUCUAUCUAUUCUAUCUAUUGUUUUUAUAUGUAUUCGUUUACAAAAAUUCCGUUGUUAGUUACAGGUUAGUUUUGAAAAUUGUAUUACAUUUCAAAUAUAGGGAUAAAUAGUGCUUUCUUAGUUCCUAUUCCUUUUAAAUCUAAUGUUAGUCGGUCAUCAACUAACACAACACUUUGAAACACCGUAUCAACACUUAAUUUGUAUUAAUCAUGUCACUUUUUGGAGUACGCUUUGUGUGUAGUUUUUAUCUUGUUCUUGGGAUUCUCAACUGUCUAAUAAUUAAAUAUGGUCGUCUUGACUUAUAAUUAUUAGGUCAGUAAUUUAAAUAACUAGAUUAUUAUAAAAAGAUAGCAUAAUACUAUUUCUGCCGUGAAGCAGUAAUGCGUUUCGGUUUGAAGGGUGGGGCAGCCGUUGUAACUAUACUGGAGACCUUAGAACUUGUAUCUCAAGGUGGGUGGCGCAUUUACGUUGUGGAUGUCUAUGGGCUCCAGUAACCACUUAACACCAGGUGGGCUGUGAGCUCGUCCACCCAUCUAAGCAAUAAAAUAAAAUAAAAAAUACCUAUAGUUUAUCGGAACAACAAUUCGAAUUGUGAGAUUUGCGCAUUCAAUUCUGAAGGCGAAAUUAAGAUUUUAAUGUAGGCUGUACUAAAAUUUCUUUUAAUAUUUUGGAAACGAAAACCCUUAUAAUAAUUUAAUCCUAUAUUUCAAUCCAAUUAGAAUUUGACGAAGGAAAACGUACAAUAUUAACGAAUUGAUAAUACAGUACUCUUCUCACAAUUAUUAUAAAAUAUGUGAAUACUGAAACUUAAUCUAGUUUAUUGUUAAUCCACACUACUGAUUGUACAAAAUAUGUUUCCAUUGUAAGGAGUUGAAUGUUUUGUAAUUGAGUCGACUAUUAUCAAAGCCGGCAAUGUAACUUUUGGACAAUUAUUGGUAAAUCAGGAAAACGAAUUAUUGACUUUGUAUUCCAUUGGCAGUCACAAAACUCUUCUGAACGACAUCUUAGAUAAAUAACAGGUUAAGUAUUAACCUUUAUUUAAUGCAGGUUUUGAACCGUAUUCUUUGAAGGAGACGAUUAUAUUCAAAUCAGUCUGAAUUGACAUAUCAAUAACAUUUUUUUGUCCAAAUGCACAGAUUGCCACCUUUGAUAAUAGACGACUCAAUUAUAAACCAUUAGACCACAUUCUAUUUUGUUUACCUAUUAAAUUUGUUGUUAUUAGACAGUUUACGGUAAAUAGUCAAACACUUCAAUGUUUUGUACAUGAUACAAAAAGAAAAUCGAUGCCUCCAAUGAACACUAUUCUAACUCAAAAUUUUGAAAUUUUCAUUUUUCAUGCAAAUCGCUUCACUAUGUUAAAAGUAUUACAAUUAAUCAUUAUUGAUGGGAUUCGAAGCAAGAGUAAAUCAGCUAGUUACACAAAAAAACCAUAAAUAUAUCUGCAAUAAUAAAGAUUUUAUCAACUUUUUUCGUUUAAACGCUCCUCCUGUAAACCUACGAAUUUGGAGUUAGCGUAGUGUUCAUUGGAGGCAUCGAAAUAUAGUUCAUAAUCAAAACCAAGGAAAAAUAGCACUUUGUUAUUUUGUAUAAACGAAAUCAAUAUUUUUAUAAAUGUGGUUCCUUUCUAAAAAUGUCUAAGACAUUUAUGAGAUAUGAACAGGUUGAUAAGGCACGGCUGACACGUUGUUAUAACUAAAUUAUGAUAUAGUGAAACAGUAUUUAAAACUAUUAUGUUACUACGUAUCGGUUAUGAGACUUAAUAAUUUAUUGUGAGAAUGCAGGCCGAAAACACUAUCGUUUGGCAGUAUUCGUAGAGAUUGAAAAUUGAAUGAAAUAAAAAAAUACUUCCUUUCA